AUGGAUUAUUACUUUAGAACAACAGAUUUAGUAUUAUUCCUUUUAAUUAUUCAAUUAUUAGGUCAUCUAUUUAUUCAUUGGAAUCAAUAUAAUUGUGAAUUGUAUGGUAAUAUUUAAAUAUGUAUUUGGAUUUUUGAUGUUCUAUUAAGAUAAUUACUUUAACUUUCAUAAUUUAACAAAUGGGCUUUAUUUAUUACAUUUAUAAUAGCUUUAUAAACAGCUUCAAUGAAUGUAAUAGCAGUAUAAGAGAAUGAGUGUUCUCAAAAGACAACUUUUAUUUUUUAUUGCAUUUUAGGAUAUAUUUUAAGUAUUUCUUCAUUUUCAAAAAUGUUAAGCGUUAAAAAGAAAGCUGAACUAUUGAAAAUAGUUGAUUCAUAGAAUCAAUGA